UAGUAAUCACCCUAGCAACAACAAACAGCUCUGCCCCAACCGAAGCUCCAAUAAGCUUUAAAGCCAUGUCUUUCCUCACUUCCUCUCAACGCGUUGGGUUUGACUUGGCACUCUCCAGCUAGUAGGCGGCCAUCUUGGAUAUAGCAAUUAAGCAAACCACCCUUACUUUUGGGAUGGGGAGGACUUUAACCGAACUUGGAUCUUUCGGAGUACCAGCACCAUCGGAAAGCGGGGCAGCGCGCGUCGGAAGCUGAAAUUCAACAGUAACCCAAGUCGCCAAAACUGUCUGCAAAUUCUGAGACCGGUUUUACGUUAACUCCCCCUUCCCCUCCCCUUUUUCCUUGACUAAACGUUCUGUGCAUUUGUUGAGAGCCUGUGAACUAUUGGAAUACAGUUUAUUGAGUUUUAGUUACCUAAAAACGGAUUGGAACAUUUUGCAGUUCGGGGUUAUGGUUUGUUGUUGGACAUUAUUUUGUGGGGAAUUGUAUUUUUCGCAAUCUGUCCCACCUCUGUAAGGUGCGUUCUGUACAGUAAUGCGGUUCGACAAUUUACUUAAUUCAUCUGUGCUCUAGACAUCUUCCAGCGUAUGUUUGCUGGAAUUUAGGCGUUGCGUUAAAUCCAUGUUCUUCAAUAGCAGUUGUAGACCUGCUUUCCUCCUGUUGGGCUAAGGUGCAACAAAAGCAAAAAGGAGACCCAGAACGCCGAACCACUUCGGAGAUCAAGACAUUUAAAAUGUCAACCAGAACGCCACUACCCACUGUCAAUGAGCGUGAUACUGAAAAUCACACCUCGCACACCGAUGGGAGCAACGAGGUCACCACGCGGCCCGGACGCUCAGGCGCCCGCUGCCGGAACUCCAUCGCCUCGUGCACCGACGAGCAGCCGCACAUCGGCAACUACCGGCUGCUCAAGACCAUCGGAAAGGGCAACUUCGCCAAGGUCAAGCUGGCGCGCCACAUCCUCACGGGUCGAGAGGUUGCCAUUAAAAUCAUCGACAAGACACAGCUGAAUCCUACCAGUCUUCAAAAGCUCUUCAGGGAAGUCCGAAUAAUGAAGAUUCUAAACCAUCCAAACAUUGUGAAACUGUUUGAGGUGAUAGAGACUGAGAAGACUCUCUACCUGGUGAUGGAAUAUGCCAGUGGAGGGGAGGUCUUUGACUAUCUCGUAGCACAUGGGAGGAUGAAGGAGAAGGAGGCCAGGGCUAAAUUUAGACAGAUUGUGUCAGCUGUACAGUACUGUCAUCAGAAACACAUCGUACACAGAGACCUGAAGGCUGAGAACUUACUCCUGGAUGCCGACAUGAACAUCAAGAUUGCCGACUUUGGCUUCAGUAAUGAGUUUGUCAUGGGAAGUAAGCUGGACACGUUCUGUGGCUCUCCUCCCUACGCCGCCCCCGAGCUGUUCCAGGGGAAGAAGUACGACGGACCAGAGGUGGACGUCUGGAGCCUGGGGGUCAUCCUGUACACACUGGUGUCAGGGUCACUGCCCUUCGAUGGUCAGAACCUCAAGGAGCUGAGAGAGCGUGUUCUAAGGGGUAAAUACCGUAUCCCUUUCUACAUGUCCACCGACUGUGAAAACCUCCUCAAGCGCUUCCUGGUGCUCAACCCAGCCAAGCGCGGGACACUCGAGGUGAGGGAGGAAGGCCAAAAUCAAAUCAUGAAGGACCGGUGGAUAAACGCCGGCUGUGAGGAGGAUGAGAUGAAGCCCUUUGUGGAACCAGAAACGGACAUCACGGACCAGAAGAGAAUAGACAUCAUGGUGGGGAUGGGUUACACUCGGGAGGAAGUGACUGAGUCUCUAACCAGGAUGAAGUACGACGAGAUCACCGCCACCUACCUGCUACUGGGCAGGAAGUCCACUGAGUUGGAUGCCAGUGACUCAAGCUCUAGCAGUAACCUGUCUCUGGCGAAGGCGCGGCCCGCCAGCGAACACAACAACAACGGCCAGUCUCCGUCCCACCUCAAGGCCCAGCGGUCCAUCUCCGGCACCCAGAAACAGAGACGCUACAGUGACCAGGCCGGUCCGUCCAUUCCCUCGGUGGGCUACCCCAAGAGGAGCCAGACCACCACGGCUGACAACGGCGACCACAAAGAGGACGGGGGUGCCCAACCACGGAAGUCUGUUUCAUCGGGCGAGCACGGUGGCGGCGGUGCCCCUGCUAGUCCCCUAUUGGGUAACGCCAACAACCCCAACAAGGCCGACAUCCCCGACCGCAAGAAGGGCUCCACCACACCCAGUACUAACUCCACGUCAGGGGGCAUGAGGAGGAGGAACACGUAUGUGUGCAGCGAGAGGAAUGCCUCGGAACGCCACUCUGUCAUCCAGAACGGAAAAGAAAACAGCAUGAGUGAAAUGUCGGCGGCCUGUGCCACUAACCCCUCUGCCUACGCCAAGGCCCUCACCGUCUCCUCCGCCUCGGUCCGUCUGCGCCACCAGAAGGCAGCGUCCCUGUCGGCUUCAGGCCACACCUGCCGCCAAACGCUGCCGCCUACCGAUGGCGACUUCUUCAGGCCUAACACGACGACGACGUCUGGCCAGCGAAACCCUGGUGGCGCCUCCACCCACAGCAUCAGCAGCAGCGCCACGCCCCCCGACCGGCUGCGUUUCCCCCGCGGCACGGCCAGCCGCAGCACCUUCCACGGCGGCCAGCUGCGGGAGCGCCGCACGGCCACCUACAACGGCCCGCCGGCUUCACCCACACUCUCACAUGACGCCACUCCCCUCUCGCAGUCCCGGAGCCGCGGCACCACCAACCUCUUCACCAAGCUCACCUCCAAGCUCACUCGCAGAAACAAAUCAUUCUGGUUUACCAAAAGGGUACCCUACUGGGCUCUAAAUGUGGCUGCCGUUCGAGAUGAUGAUUGAGAGGUGGUUCGUUGCAGGACGGAGUUCAGGUACCGAAUCCCCCUGGCUGUAGAGAAUUCCUCCCCAUCAUCCUCUCUCUCCUCGCAUUGGUGUCCCUGAAAGCUAUCAUUGCCCAGCUAUGGAACUUGUCCUUCAAUUUCUCCUUGAUUUGCUAGCUAGUGGCCCAGCCCUUAUCCACCUGGCUAAGGAACUUGUUCCUUGAUUUCUCCUUGACUUGCUAGAUGAUAGCCCAGCCCCUAUCCUAGAACUGGUAGAUGAUAGCCCAGCCCCUAUCCUAUAACUAGUAGAUGAUAGCCCAGCCCCUAUCCUAGAACUGGUAGAUGAUAGCCCAGCCCCUAUCCUAGAACUAGUAGAUGAUAGCCCAGCCCCUAUCCUAGAACUGGUAGAUGAUAGCCCAGCCCCUAUCCUAGAACUAGUAGAUGAUAGCCCAGCCCCUAUCCUAUAACUGGUAGAUGAUAGCCCAGCCCCUAUCCUAGAACUGGUAGAUGAUAGCCCAGUCCCAGUCCUAGAACUAGUAGAUGAUAGCCCAGCCCCUAUCCUAGAACUGUAGAUGAUAGCCCAGCCCCUAUCCUAGAACUGUAGAUGAUAGCCCAGCCCCUAUCCUAGAACUAGUAGAUGAUAGCCCAGUCCCAAUCCUAGAACUAGUAGAUGAUAGCCCAGUCCCAAUCCUAGAACUAGUAGAUGAUAGCCCAACCCCUAUCCUAGAACUGUAGAUGAUAGCCCAGCCCCUAUCCUAGAACUGUAGAUGAUAGCCCAGCCCCUAUCCUAUAACUGGUAGAUGAUAGCCCAGCCCCUAUCCUAGAACUAGUAGAUGAUAGCCCAGCCCCUAUCCUAUAACUGGUAGAUGAUAGCCCAGCCCCUAUCCUAUAACUAGUAGAUGAUAGCCCAGCCCCUAUCCUAGAACUGGUCGAUGAUAGCCCAGUCCCAAUCCUAGAACUAGUAGAUGAUAGCCCAGCCCCUAUCCUAGAACUAGUAGAUGAUAGCCCAGUCCCAAUCCUAGAACUAGUAGAUGAUAGCCCAGUCCCAAUCCUAGAACUAGUAGAUGAUAGCCCAGCCCCUAUCCUAGAACUGGUAGAUGAUAGCCCAGUCCCAAUCCUAGAACUAGUAGAUGAUAGCCCAGCCCCUAUCCUAGAACUGGUAGAUGAUAGCCCAGUCCCAAUCCUAGAACUAGUAGAUGAUAGCCCAGUCCCAAUCCUAGAUUUAGUAGAUGAUAGCCCAGCCCCGGUCCUAGAACUAGUAGAUGAUAGCCCAGUCCCAAUCCUAGAACUAGUAGAUGAUAGCCCAGCCCCAGUCCUAGAACUAGUAGAUGAUAGCCCAGCCCCAGUCCUAGAACUAGUAGAUGAUAGCCCAGCCCCUAUCCUAGAACUGGUAGAGGAUAGAACUGGCGAGAGGCUCUUUGGGCGUGUGACUUGCUUUGCAUUUGCCCACUCACUUUUAUAUUAUACUGUUCAGGGGGACUCCAGUCCAUCCAGCCCAUAUGUAGCACAUGGGGACGUUUGAAACGUACUCCUCAGCCUGAAGUGGACCCACUUACCCCUAGCAAAUAGCUAGCUUUUCACGUGCCGCCGACUGGUAAGACUCUUCAGGAGGGCGGUCACGUGUGCUAGAAAGGCAGAGGUCACGAGCUCGUGCCGUUGGGCCAAAUCGUGAGGAAGUGGCACUCCCUAAGAAAGCAGCGUGAUGUCAUCUUUACACAGAGAUAGGGCUCCUUCUGUCUAAGCAUCAAACAAACCCUCCUAUAUCUCUCUUUCUCUCUCUCUCCUUGUCUUUUCUCUCACAGCCAACUAGGUCCAGCACUCUCCAUCCGCAUGACUCCGACUGAAUCCUCUUAGAUGUGUUUGUUUCUUAUGUGUAUGUGUGUAUGUGUCUUUGUGAGAGGGUUUGGCGUGUGUGUGGGUCUACGUAGAGCUGCACUUGAUUGUGUGAAUAUGCCUUCAAGUAGUUUCUAUUUAUCUUUAAUAUGCCUUGCAUCUUUUCAUCUCAACACACAUACUGCUGCCUGCACACCUCGACCAAACUCCUCUAUAAAAGGACCAAGAAUGUACAUGGUAAUGCAUCUGGCUGGAGCUGCAUGCCAACAGGAAGUUCAACACUGACCCACAGCAUCUGACGGGGAUCCUUUGUUUCAUCACACCUUAUAGAACUUCUCUGCUGUUAGUCCUAUAGUUCUACUGGUGGUGGGACAUUUCCGGCCACCAGACCUGUCAAUAGGAAUGGUCCUGGUGUAGAUACAGGUUAACCUUCCUGUCAAUAGGAAUGGUACUGGUGUAGAUACAGGUUAACCUUCCUGUCAAUAGGAAUGGUCCUGGUGUAGAUACAGGUUAACCUUCCUGUCAAUAGGAAUGGUCCUGGUGUAGAUACAGGUUAACCUUCCUGUCAAUAGGAAUGGUCCUGGUGUAGAUACAGGUUAACCUUCCUGUCAAUAAGAAUGGUCCUGGUGUAGAUACAGGUUAACCUUCCUGUCAAUAGGAAUGGUACUGGUGUAGAUACAGGUUAACCUUCCUGUCAAUAGGAAUGGUCCUGGUGUAGAUACAGGUUAACCUUCCUGUCAAUAGGAAUGGUCCUGGUGUAGAUACAGGUUAACCUUCCUGUCAAUAGGAAUGGUACUGGUGUAGAUACAGGUUAACCUUCCUGUCAAUAGGAA